AUGAAGCGAGCCGCUUUUCCGAUAUUUCUUCUCUCCACGGGUGUGAUUUGCCACGGUCUCCUACACGAUGACGGGGGACUAGCGAGCAGUGAUGUCCAAGUGAAUGAGCUGGUUGCGAGGGAGUUGUUGGACGCUGGGAAUGGCCUCUUGGGCGAUAUAUAUCCCCGUCAACUCCCCAACCCCCCAGCACCAGCACCAGCACCACUACAACAACCCCCAGCGCCAGACACCCUCGACACCUCCCCAGAAGUCGGAGAAGAAGAAGACGACGCACCCCCCGAACCCGACCCAAACACCCCUCCCGAGCCCCCUCCCGGCGUCCCCGCGGUCCCCAACCCAAACAUCCUCCCAGCCCCCGUCCCCAUCCCUCCAGUCCCCGUUCCCGCCCCGGCUCCGGGAGCUCCAGGCGCACCUCCACUCGUAGCUCCAAAGCCAGCAGUGCCAGGGGGCGUGGCACCGGCGCCGGCACCGGCACCCACGAUCCGCACGGACGAGUACUCGACGACGGUGCAGUGGGUGGAAUCGCACAUCGGGACGACGGCCACGACGUGGUAUCCGCAGACUGUGGUGAUGCUGUUUAAAGCUACGCCGGGGCAGGGCGCGGCGCCUGGGAGCGGGGCGAUCGGGAUGGGGACUUUGACGGGGGAGGUGGGACGGACGAAGACGGUGGUUGCGGGGAGCGCGGCGACGGCUGAGGUCAAGGUUUGGGGGAAGGCGGUUGGUGUGUUGGCUGGUGUUGGGCUCGGGGUUGUGGGGUUGCUGUGA